ACACCGAAGCGAAGAAAGACACAACUUUCACACAGUUCUGCCUGCCGAUCGACUUCUUUCGUUUCUGAGCGUUUCAUGUUGGUUUCUAUGUGCAUAUCAAAUUAGCAGGACCUUCGCUUCUGCUGUGCGGACGACGAGUCCACUAACUAGAAUGACAGCAAUGGAUCCCUUAGGAGCCGCAAGAACUUGGGAUCUGUCCCUGUAUGAGAUGAACAGAACCCCACAAGAGGUCUGCACAGACUCGACCGAAAUCGCGGUCUCGCAGAGGUCGUUACAUUCAGAGCUGAUGUGUCCAAUCUGCUUGGACAUACUCAAAACCACCAUGACCACCAAGGAGUGUCUCCACCGGUUCUGUCAGGACUGUAUCAUCACCGCCCUUCGUUCCGGGAACAAGGAGUGCCCGACCUGCCGAAAGAAGCUCGUAUCGAAGCGGAGCCUGAGAGCUGACCCGAACUUUGAUGCUCUUAUAGCGAAAAUCUAUCCAUCUCGGGAUGAAUACGAGCACUAUCAAGAGCGAGUUCUCGCCAAACUCAACAAAACCUGCGGGCAAGCCUUCGCCUCGUCCAUCGAAGAAGGUCUCAAGGCUCAAGCACUCAGCAGAAAAAUGACCAAUCGGAAACGACCGACGGGGGAACGGCUCGGUGAGGGUGACGAACCCUCAGCUUCAUCGCAAACGUCGCAGGCCGCAAACAGUCCUCAGAAUCAGAACGACGGUUCUGUCAGUGACGGGAGCAGCAGGAGUUCUACUCCACAGCCGCCGCUCCGGAAGAAAGGCCGUGCCGUCGCACCAGACGAUACUGAUGAGUCGUCGACCGAUAAUGUAGUCACUGUCAACGAGGUCGAACUUGUCGCUAAACCGCAUCCGCAUGAGGCUUCCCAGGAUAGCCAGAUCAGGUAUAUGAAAACAACUGCGAACGCAACGGCUGAACAUCUCGCAGCAUACUUCGCAACACGAUUCGAUAUCGAUUGGAGCGAGCGGGGUCAAAGCUCAGAUUCGGAGAAGGUUUCGUAUACCCUCUAUGUUUCGACCGGGCCGCAAUCUUAUCUUGCGUUGCCGGGGAACAUCACAUUGGAGCAGAUUAACGACAAAUAUUGGAAACAAAAUCGACCCCUGGAAUUGUUCUACGUCGCGAAGAGAGUUCGGGAAGACGAUCCGAAAUAAUUGUUGCGUGGCUAAACGGCCGGAACCGGAGGAAAAGCGAUCACCAUCGCCCGUCGAGCUCGGAACUCUGUAUAUAAAGUAUUGAAACAGUUCCGGCGUCGCGGAGCAGAGGAAAACUCGUCUUUUGACCCACAUCAUGAUAUGAUACGAGCCCCCUUCUUUUCAUCUACAUCUGAACGUAUUUACAAUAAA